CGCAUGCGGACAUUUAGUUCAGGGAGCAUAGCUUGGUUUCUUUACCGCGUGCUGCUGAAAAAAGGAGGCGAAGGAAACGAUUAAAAAGGUACAAAAUAUGAAUCCUGACAAGUUAAAGAAAUUGCAAAAUGAAGUCCGUAUUGGUGGAAAGGGAACUCAGAGACGUAAGAAGAAGGUUGUCCAUAAAACAGCAACAACUGAUGACAAAAAAUUGCAAGGGGUUCUGAAAAAGUUGGGUGUGAAUAAUAUUCCUGGCAUUGAAGAAGUCAACAUGAUCAAAGAUGAUGGCACUGUUAUUCAUUUCACGAAUCCAAAAGUACAAGCCUCCCUCGCCGCUAACACGUUUGCUAUUACUGGACAUGCAGAGUUGAAACAGCUGACUGAAAUGCUUCCUGGAAUCUUAAAUCAACUGGGGGCAGAAGGGCUCAGUAACCUCCGAAAACUUGCCGAACGUCUACCACAACAAUCUCGUCUUGACACUGCGACCGAAAAUGACGACGCCGGAGACGACGACGUACCGGACCUCAUCGAAAAUUUUGACGAACCUUCAAAGAACGAAGCCACUGCCGAAUCUUAGCAGCUUGUUCACAAUCGUGUUUCAUUUUUUGUACCCUAUUUUUAUGUGUUUUUUGUUUCCGCUGUACAGCAGAUUUAAUUUGAAAUAGAUACCGCCGAAUCUUA